AUGCUCCCCAGCGCCGUGGCGGCGCACGCCGGCGCGUACUGGGACGUGGUGGCGUCCUCCGCGCUCCUCAACUUCCCCGCGGCGCCGGGCUUCGGCACCCUGGGCAAGAGUUUCCUGAUCGAGAACUUGCUGCGGGCUGGGGGCGCCCCGCCGCACGGGCUGCAGCCGACGCCGCACCACGGCCCGGCGUCCGCUCUAGUCGCCGCCGCCGCCGCCGCCGCCGGCGCGCAGGUCCGGCCCCUGCCGGCCAGCCCCGUGCCGCUCAAGCUGUGCCCCGCGGCCGAACCGCUCAGCCCCGGCGGAGCGCCGUACGGCGCGCGCUGGGCUUUCCAAGUGCUCAGCCCCUCGGCGGACGGCGCCAGGCUGCCGGGCCGGGCUCCGGGGGACCGAGACUCGACCUUCCAGCCGUCAGCCCCAGCGUCUUCCAAACCUUUUUUCCUGAGCGCCUCCCCAUUCUACUCUGCAUGCUGUGGUGGGUCCUGUCGGCGCCCUGAGUCCGUCACUGCUUUUGCAAGAGAAGAGAGUGUGCUGUCCCUCCUGACCCAGGACUCAAACUCCAAAGCUCGGCGGGGUAUUUUAAGAAGAGCUGUUUUUUCUGAGGAUCAGAGAAAGGCUCUGGAGAAAAUGUUUCAGAAGCAGAAAUAUAUCAGCAAAACAGACCGAAAGAAACUUGCCAUCAGCUUGGGACUAAAGGAAUCACAGGUGAAAAUUUGGUUUCAGAACAGAAGAAUGAAAUGGCGGAAUUCCAAAGAGAAGGAAGUGCUUUCCAACAGGUGUAUCCAAGAAGUAGGCCUUCAAGAGGAUCCCCUCUCACGGUCUGCUCUGGGGUUCCCUUCUCCAUGUCCUUCGCUCUGGGGAGUCUCCCAACAGCACUCAAGUCCAGGAUGGAGGGAGAAUUCACCAGAACCUUCCGAAAGACUGAUCCAGGAGAGUUCAGGGGCACGGCCCCCAGAAGCAAAUUCACUUCAGGGUGCCUUGUAUUUGUGUUCUGAAGAAGCUGGAGACAAGGGUGUACUUACUGGGGCUGUCUGAAUGGAAGCCUCCCUCCUUGUUAAUUUGAAAAGGACGCCUAACUAAUAACAUUUGGACUCUAAAGCCAGCUAGCUUGUGCCUCAUCAGUGCCUAAAACAUAAUACCUUUGGAGUGAUGCACGAACUAACGCUUUAGGAAACCCUCUCCAGUGUUCUCUUGUUUGGCUCCCAGACUCAGGCUUAAUUUUUAAUUUGUAAGUGGAAUAGAAUCUCCCAGAAAGUACAAUGGAACUGAAAACAAUGAGAGUUAUAGUUAGCUCGUCCCUCCUCUGAGUAUGUGUAUAUAUGUGUGUGUUUCUAUGUGUGUAUAUAUAUAUAAAUAUUCAUUGAAAUACAUCAGUAGGAACUAGUUCCUCUUUAAA